GGUGCCGCUCACAUGCCGGAAAAGGGUGCAACGCAUGCGUUAGAUUUCCUUUAGUUUGUGGACAAACAAUUCAGCGAGAUCUAGACGUGAAACCGGCAUAUUUAGGAUGAUCUGAUGUUGAUGAUUUUGCAAUGUCCGUGAGAUGACAGAUGCUGAGUACUCGCCUGUUGCUACUGAUUCUCCCACUAAACUGUCAGUCGAAGAAAUAGUGAAGAUGUCACAUACGGCACGGAAAUGGGAGGUGUUCCCAGGGAGGAACAAAUUUUGCUGUGACGGGAGGAUCAUGAUGGCCAGACAAGCAGGGAUAUUUUAUUUCACAUGCAUUCUGAUCAUUGGGACAUGUCUGUUGUUCUUUAUAUUUGAUUGCAGAUAUUUUGUCGAGACGUAUCCUUCAUUUGGGUUUGUUGUCCCUUUGGCUGCAGGGCUGUUGUUCAUCUUUGUUUUAUCCACGCUUUUCCGCACAAGCUUCAGUGACCCUGGGGUGAUCCCCAGGUCAACACCUGAUGAGGCCGCAGAUCUGGAGAGACAAAUAGAGGUUCCAAGUUCAUGCCAGCCGAAUUAUAGACCUCCUCCAAGAGUCAGAGAAGUUAUUAUUAAAGGGCAGAUGGUUAAGCUGAAGUUUUGUUAUACCUGCAAAAUCUUUAGGCCUCCCAGGGCAUCACAUUGUAGUGUCUGUGAUAAUUGCGUAGAACGUUUCGACCACCAUUGCCCGUGGGUGGGGAAUUGUGUUGGGAAGCGUAACUACAGAUAUUUUUAUCUCUUCAUCAUGUCAUUGUCUGUCCUCUGUCUCUUCAUAUUUGCUGUGGUGGUAACACACUUAGUAUUAAGCCAUGAGGGAACAAGUGCACCAGCAGGGAUCAGAGAACAGUUACCAGGGGAAGACAAAGCAUCAGGCUUGUAUUCAAAUUCUGAUGGCACCAUUACACAUGUGGAAGCCAUGAAGGACGUUGGACCUGGGGAUGUAUAGAUCAUACACGUGUAUUAUAAGAAAAUUUUUUCUAUGAUUGACAUUUUUUAAUCUCAAAAGGCUUAUUGAAUUUGUGAAAUAUAAGGACAUUGAUAUACAUGUGUAUUAUAGGAAGUACUUAGUUUAGGGCAUGCGUACACACACAUACACACACACACACACACACACAUACUAAACACAAUGAAUAUGAUGAUCAAAAUUUGGGCACAGUAGCUUCCAGCUUGGUUGAACCUCAAGACAUUUGUUAUGGUGAUGCUGUUUGCUCAAAUGAAGGCUGGUCUGCAGUCUGGCCAAACACAUAUUUAACUCCAUUACAAUAUGACUGUUACCAAACAAAUGAUAGGUAAUCAUGUAACCAAGAAAAGGGAGCUGAUUCUUUUGUGUGAAUCAAGUUAUUUUUGCAGUUCUUUUCUAUCGAUGUUUAUUUUCAUAAAUAAGUUAAAUUGGCUUAAAGUGGAUGCUUCAACUGUCUCACUUUGUGAGACAAAAAAAAAACAAACAUUAAGUAUUUUAUGUAUGAUGUCUGAUAGAAAUGCUUUAGUUUUUGGCUGAUUUGGUUUAUCUAACAGAGGUCUCCAUUCCUUUUUGAUAAUGAUAUGUUGUGUAUAGUGAGGAAGUUUUUCAAAAAGUCUGGACUAUUUUAGUGAUAUAAGGAAAUGUAGGUUGCAGUAAUCUUAUACACAACACUAGUAGUAGUAGUGAUAGCCCAAAGAUGUACAUAACUAACUAUUAAAUAUUUCCAUAUACCUAUAUAAGAUUGGAGUGUAUAAUACUGUGCUAUAUCCAUCUAGAUUUAUGUUUGUUGAUUUAAAUAUACAGACCAAUUGAAAAGGAUCACGUAAAAACAACAUUUAAGAUAUCAAGGGAUUCGGUCCUUUGCUAGGAUUAAUUGAGAUUUUUGUAUCUGUAGUAAUACCUGUAAAUCAGUUGGUUGCUGCUGCAGGCCCACCUUAGAGCAAAAUGUGUAUCUUCUUCCAAUAUAAGAUAAUUUUUUAAACAUGUAGUUAACAUAUUGGAAGCCCAUUGUUAGAUUCAGUAACAUCAGUUCAGUACACGGUUACAAACUAUAAAUAUUGUGUAAAUUUUAAGAAAAGCUCCAUCAAGUUUUUAAAUGAUUGAGAAAUUUAUUUAUUUGAACUACCUGGUAACUAUCAGCACUAACUCAGUAAAAGUGAAAAAGGGUAAAUAUGAAAAGAUUUUCUCCUUUUUCAAUCAGAUUUUUAAAAAGGAAAAUGGUGGGUAUGGAAAUGUCAGGAGAUAUUUGUAGUGUAGCUGGCUUCACAUUACUCUGAUUACUGUAUUUACUACCAGCUGCAGGCAUAUUGAGGAUAUAUUCUGAGCCUAUACUUACACAAAUUUAUGUAAUUAAAUUAUUAUUAUCAUCGAAUGUAGGGUUAUUGUGAAAUCAAAUGAAUAACAAAAGUGCUUGGAAGUAUGCCAUUUUCCAAUUUGCUCAUAUGUUAUCUUGUAAUAAUUUUGUACCUGCAAUCUAAGUAACGUUUCUUCAAUUUUCAUAUUUGUUUGUUCUCAGAAAUAGACAUUACUGUAAAUCAUGUGGAAUUAUCUUAUGGUAGAUUUACACAAUAAAUAAGACUUAUUUAAAUACUUA